AUGCCAUGCCCUGAAGUGUACUGGUUCCCGUGGAUGUCGAUGCGCUUCUGCAGCGAGUGGAUUGCGAUCAUGGAGGCCUUCGGCCAGUGGAGUAACAGAUCCAAUAACGACAAGCGUCUGGACAGUGGCUACGAAUCAGUUCCUAUCCGUGAUAUCCACAUGAACCAAUUAGGGCUGGAGAGGCAGUGGCUGCAUAUCCUCAAGGAGUACGUCCGUCCUCUACAGGAGAUGGUCUUCAUUGGCUACUACCAUAACCCACCAGUUUCCAUUAUGAACUUCGUGGUUAGAUAUCGUCCCGACGAGCAGCCAUCGUUGAGGCCGCAUCAGGAUUCGUCCACCUACACCAUUAACUUGGCCCUCAACACAUCCCAUAUGGACUACGAAGGCGGUGGUUGCCAUUUCCUUCGCUAUAACUGCUCGGUCCGGAAUACAAAGCCGGGCUGGCUUCUUAUGCACCCUGGCUGCCUUUCGCAUUACUACGAGGAUCUGCUGGUCACAAACGGCACACGCUACAUCAUGAUCUCCUUCGUCGAUCCUUGA